CUCAAUCGCUGCUCGUCUCUCCUCUGGUCACCUCCCCCAGCGCCCGGCCGGCCGUCGCGCAGGACCAGAGCAAGCAAAGAAGCGCCAAGGCAGCUCGCUCCGGCGCUUGGUUGGAUCCAUGGACGACAAGGCCAAGGAUGCCGCCGCGUUGCCAGCAGCGCCAGCCAUGGACGGCAAGAACCUGCUCCCCGUGUCCACCGGGGACACACGCCGCCGCCGAGGAAUGCAUGCUCCGUUCCCGGCCGUGCUGCUCGUCUGCCUGUGGUCGCUCGUCAGCGCAGGUCUCUGCACCACCAUGGCUGCCAUCUUCAACAGCGACGACCAGACUGACUGCCCCACCCCCAUCGUCAACAAGUCGUUGUGGUGGUCCGAGUGCUACGAGCUGACGGGCUCCAACGACGUGGCCGCGCGCGCGCUCCUCCACGGGCUCACGCGGGGCAGCGUCCCCCAGGCGGCCCUGGCGGUGCUGGCGCUGCUGCUCGCGGCCCGCCGCCGCGUCGCCCGCCGGGCCCUCGCCCUGGCCACGCUUGCGGUCACCGUCACCAACCACUGCAUGCUCGCCUGGUUCGCCGGCCUCCUCUUCGUCGGCACCUCGGGAGACGCCCUCGGCAUCCUCCUCGUCGCCGUCGUCGGAGCCUACGUCUUCCUGGCUGCGGUGUUGGCCCUGUUCUUCUUCGUCGCCCUCGUCCUGGGAGGGGACAUCGUGGACUAGGACUACUGGCUAGCUAUACCUUAGCUUGCUGUUGAUCGGUGGAGCUCAUAAUUGGUACCCUCAGCUCGAGCUCCAUAUAUCGGCCAGCUUAAUUAAUUAAGGCUUGCUUGCUCGAUCGUCAUGAGGUCAUGCAUGAUCCACUGCGUGACGAGUAACUAGUACGUGAUCGGUUGCUUAGUUACCUUAUGUGCCGCGAUGAAUUGAUGACGAGUACUGUGUAAUUACCUACUUCAUCGAGAAUUCGACUCUAGCUAAUUAAUCUGUCAGUCAGAUGUGUGUGGUUUAA